AUGAUACCCGUGGCCGGUCCCAUUUCUGCUCUCCUCGUAUUCACCAGCCUCAUCGAUGCGGCGGUCUAUCCAACUUCAAGGGAUCUCGAACUGCAGACCAAACUCCUACGUAUGACGGGGAUGUUGAAUGAGCAACAGGUCAUCUCGCGGGCGGCCCAGUCUGACCGUGUCUACCGCCAACUCUCAACCGAUGUACUCUAUAUUGUGAAGCGUGACGGGCGCUUCAAGGAUGCACUGGUGGACAUUUUCAAUCCCUUCGAGAACACUUGGCAGGAAUUCUGCCACGCGCCCAUCUCUAGGUUUACAUGGAACAUCGUCUUAAACAGUAAGUAUCCUGCACCGCACCGCCCACACCCCCAUCCGCGAUCAUAUGAAAUACUGAAAAACAACAAUCUUACUGUAACGAAAUACGUAGGUAGUUAUGUACAGUAA